AUGUGGAUUGUCACCAAAAUCGCCGAUCUGGUGCAGCUCAAGCCCCAAGACUUCUACAAGACCAGUCUUGAAGCCAUCGAGGACAAGAUCAAUGAGAAAUAUGCCAACAAAGUCAUUCCAAACAUCGGCCUCUGCGUCUGCGUAUGGGACAUCACCGAUGCCUCAGAAGGUCUGAUAGGACAAUACGAUGAACCUGCUCGAGUCGCCUUUGUCACUAACCGCCGCCAUAGUGUCGAGGCCGAAAAGGUCUGGCUUUGGAAGUCUGACGAGGAAACACAGCUGUACUAUGACACCCACGAAAUCGUGCGCUUCAUGGUUCUCGAGGAGAGGUGGUACACCCAGCCACCAACAAAACCAAAGGAGUCCACUGAUUCCGAUGCGCCAACAAAAACCACCUACCAGGCCCCAUAUUCCAUAAUUGGGACAAUGGCCGCCCCUGGUCUUGGCAUCACCUUGUGGUGGGAGUGA